AUGAAGGUCUCCGCCCUCUUUACUGCCCUUGCGGCUGCUACCUCGGUGAUCGCCGUAGCUGUCGACCUCCCCGCAGGCGUUCCUCGCAAUGUUCAAGAGUUCCGUGAGAAGCAUCCUGUUGCGAAGCGUGCUCCCCACUGCCGCAAGACCUUCACGCCUCGCGCCUCCGAGAACGCCGAGGACGAUAUCUCAGCCGAUCUUCUCAAUGCCAUCAAGAGCGCCAACAAUGGUGGUACUGUCUACCUGCCCAAGGAUCAGCUCUUCGUCAUCGAUGAGCCCCUUGAUCUGACCUUCCUCAACGACAUUCACAUCCACCUCGAGGGCACCAUCCAGUUCACCAACAAUGUUGAGAAGUGGCAGAAGAACGCCUUCUACCACCCUUUCCAGCGCUCGCUUAUGUUUUGGAAAUGGGGUGGCAAGGAUGUCAGGAUCUAUGGCGAGGGUACCAUCGAUGGACAGGGCCAGCGCUGGUGGAAUGAGUUCUCGGGCGCCGAGAUCCUUGACCCUGACAACGACUACCUCCGCCCUGUGCUUUUCUUUGCAGAGCACAUUGACAACCUGCACGUUGAAGGCAUUCUCAUGAAGAACUCGCCCGUUUGGCACAACUUUAUCGUCGAUUCGAAAUCGAACCGCGCCGGUGUCGAGCCUAAGAACGGCGACUUUUUCAACUCCCUUAACGUUGAUCAUAUUCGCAUCAACCGCGUCUGGGUCGAUUCGGACGACGACUGCUUCUCGCCCAAGACCAACAGCACCGACAUUCACGUGGACACAAUGUACUGCAACAACUCACACGGACAGUCGAUCGGUUCGCUCGGCCAGUAUGAGGGCGAGUAUGUCAUCGUCAAGGACGUUGUCAUUGAGAAUGUCUGGAUGCUUAACGGUAACAACGGCGCCCGCAUCAAGGUCUGGGCUGGUGAGAACGUCGCCGAGGGAUUCGUUGACAACAUCACGUUCCGCAACUUCUAUUCGGCCAACGACGACUGGCCUAUCUUCCUCGACUCGUGCUACUUCAACGUCAAUGCCGAGACGUGCCGCAAGUUCCCAUCCAAGAUGAAGGUCUCCAACGUCCUAUUUGAGAAUUUUGAAGGCUACUCGUCCGGUGUCCGUGGCCGUGCUGUUGCGCGCGUCAGCUGCUCGCCUGCUGAGGGCGCAGGCUGCGAAAAUGUCAAGUUUGUCAACUUUAACGUCACGUCGCCCUGCGGCGGCCCCUCGGUUAUCAUUUGCGACGGUGUUGAAGGCGGCCUCGGAGUGGACUGCGUGCCGUUUGACUCGCCGGAGGCCAAGGCUGCGCUGGCGGACAGGUGCACCAACCCCGAGAAGGCAAAGAUUGAGGCUCCUUGGCCUGUCCGGGACUACUGA